UUUUGGCUUCUAGAUUUUUCAGAUACUCGCACAAUGCGAAUAAAGCGAAGGUCAACCCGGCGGACAUGCAGUACUCCCAGGCGUCUCUUUGCAAUCUUGCUCUCCACCCCUCUGGCCGUGUGGUUCCUGGCCCAGCUUGUGGGACAAGGCACUGUCACAACGCAAACCCUAGAUCUAACAACACUUUUGGCACAGACACAAACUAUUCAGGCAAUCAGUGCUUCCGAUGAGCCGACUCAGAGCUUUCUGGCGCGGGAAAAGCUGGAAGUCUCUAUAGUCUCAAACAAGCACCAAGCGGACAACUACAUAGAUUCCAGCCCAGUGACACUAAAAAGCGCUGCUAUGGAUUCACCAGAAGACCCGUCCUUCACCGGAGAAACUUCUUCUUUGGCUCGUCACGAAGCCGCCGAACGGACGACAUCUGAUGCUGGAAUCGAUCUCACCGACCCGACACUCUAUCAAAGCGUGGACACACAGGGCGACAGCUCCGCUGCUACCGUUAUGGGUGUCGCGACUGGGUACGAUUUGAGCAUAUUCAAACGCUUCGUGGGAAGUCUGCGUAAGACAGGGUAUAUAGGCCAUAUUAUUUUGGGAUUGGCUCCGGAUGUAGACUCCGAGAUACUUGAGUACUUGGCGUACCGCAACGUGACUACCAAGAUUCUCCAAUGGACCGAUUGUACAUACUUGGACAACUCCAGCACAACCAAAGACAUUUUCAAAAGGACGACAUGCGCGGCUCCCUAUCCGGAUAUCAAAAUUCGAUGGAGUCGCUUCCCUUUGGCCCGAGACUGGCUACGCGAGUGCACAUCUUGUACAGGUCCGAUACUGGUGAUGGACGUCCGAGAUUCUUUGUUUCAGGUGAAUCCGUUCGGGCCAGGAUCCCCUGUAGUCCGAGGCUUGCAAGUUUUUGAAGAGCACAAGAAUCGGACAACUCAGCAUUGGCUGACGAAAGGGCCAAUUUUCGAGUGCAAAGGCGUGUCCUACGACGAAACAAUGCUUUGUUCUGGAACUACCAUUGGUACGCGUGCCGCCAUGCUAAAAUAUCUCGAAAUUAUGUACGAGGAAAUGAAGGAUUGGAUCUCGCACCCACGCUGCCGAUUUAAUAUGAAUGGUGAUGAUCAGAGUAUACACAAUCACCUCUUUUACUCAGGACAGCUUCCGUUCGCCACAGCUAAUGAGAAUCGACGGGGUGGGAUCGUCAACACUGCGGGCUUUGAGGGCGCUCAGUUGGUGAAACAACACAGUGCUACGAUGCGGGCUCGGCACGGCAUAACCCAUGGAGAUGCAAUGUGGAAAGCCUUUGACGGUGCAUCUGGAAAGCGUUGGAUAGGUGCUGAGUUCAACAUUUGUGAUGAUGAAGGAUACUUUACGGAAUUUGAUGGCUCAAGAUCGCGCGUUGUCCACCAAUGGGAUCGCUUUGGAAGGCCUUACAUCAAUUUAUGGCUCAAUCACCAGAAAUGGCUAGUGGAAGAUGAAAUACCUAGCAACAGGUCUUCACAUUUAUCUGCUGCCUGA